CUUGGACCAUUGGAUCCCUGAAAAUUGCAAACAAUGACAAAUCCCGAUCAACAUUGUACCUGGGCGUUCACUAACACGAGGCCAAUGGGUGCAUGCGAAUGCCCUUCCUGUGCUCCUUACUCCGCACUCUUACCACCGCACUCGUUUUAGAACAGUCAGGCCCUCGCCCAGUCCGUCCACGCCGCGUCCAACGAUGCUUCUCUUAGGGUGUCUUCGCUCUUGGCAAACCGUUCCAUUCAUUUUAAUGCUGAUGCUCUCAUCACUUAUCUCUGUUGAUGCCUAUUUUGUUGUGAAUCAGCCCGGAUCAUCCACGUCUUGGAAGAAUGGUUCACCUUAUCCGGUUUCAUGGACGUUAGGCUUGGAGGAUGGCAUUGAUAGCUUCGAUAUUGAGAUAACGCGACUUAGCCGGGUUGGUAUUUAUUUUGUGGCAAAAGGAUUGCCUAUCACCACGAGUGCCCUCAACGUUGUCCUCCAAGACGUACCAGCAGGCGACGACUACUUCCUGAUUUGCAUCAAUUCCACGGCUGGCAUUACCUACUCCGUUUCCUCCCGUUUCACCGUUGUGGACGCCAAUGCCACAGGGAGCAACCCGAGUCCCGCUUCAGCCCCAACAGUGACCGUUAGCGGCGUACCAAAUUCUCUCUCACAAUUCGCACAAACAUUUGGGCCUUCUACGAAUGGUGUUGCAAGCCCGGGAUGGGCCGGUAUCAGGAACCAGGUCACAGCCAUCAGUGUAUCUGUGGGAGCUGCACUGAUUGGGGGCGUUAUGAUGCUCUACUGAUUUCUUCUUAAUUUUAUUACAGACUAUCUGUUGAUUUCAUUACAGACUAUUCAUUUCAUUCCUGAUUUCGUGGGUGGCCAACAUUUAUUUAAAAUUACUGUAUGCAAUUGACGGACAUCCCUCAUAAAUACAUUUUAUCGAGAUAUGCAUUUCACACCGCCUUACAUAGUGGGUUUUGUAGUGGUUGAUUUUAGGAUUCUUUAUGUAGAUUUCAUAACUGGUAUCGUGCAACAAAAAUGUAUGGCUAUGUUGCUCACAAUGAUCUGUAUGUCGCGAGUCAUC